AUGAACGGGAAAUUAGAUGAGUUUUUAAAAUUCAUUCUCUACUUUGAUACUUUAGAUAAAAUCUCUAGGUUCAAAACGAUCAGUUUUAAAAAUCCAUCUUAUGAUUUUACAAUUCUGGCUGAUGAUAAAGUAUAACCAUAUGAGACUUGCUCAUUUAAGAAUUAUAGUUAUAAAUAAGUAAGAAGAAAUAUUUUAUUCAGAUUAGCUUAGAUGUAGAAAUUUAUGUAGGAGAGCACAUCCCAUAUUUAUAUAAUAAAUAUGAUAAAUCAAAAUAAUAAAAAAAUUAAAUAGUAAUAUUAGACAAACUCUUUUUAAGCUAGAUUGGCCUAAUUAAAAAGGAUUUAACAUUUAGAUUAGAUAAACUAGCCUGUAAUUGGCUAAAUAUGCAGUAUUUUCUAUAUCUUCUAGCACUUCUAAUCUUUCUAAUUUCAUGUAUUCAGCAAAAGCUUACUUUUUUCCUUUUAGAUAAAACUGGACUAAAUUUAAAUAUAUUAAUUUUUGAUUUGGAAAAUAUCAUGUUUGUUUUUAUAGUCUAUAAUAGAGAGGUUAAAAAGGACUAUCCAUAUAAAGCUAACGAAUUUAUUUAUCUAACAUCAAUCCAACGCUAAACAGCUCAAAUAAUAAACAUCCUUAAGCAUCGUUUUCAAUUAAAUCAUAUUUUUUUGUACUUCUCAAUCCCCACAUGUGUAAAAUUAUUUUUUAUCCAAUUUAAAUAAUAUAAUUCUCAGAAUAAAUAAGUUAUAUUCCAGUAUCUUUUAGGUUAUUUAAUACUUUACUUUAAUACUUUUAUAAAAAUAAAUACAUUAGAAUGAAAGCAUCUGAACAUAUUUAAUAUAAAACUAUUUUGUAGGCAUUGAUGAAAUUUCAUAAUUUAACGCUCUAUUUUAAUUAACUUUGGAGUUAAUUAAUAAUUAGAAUAUUGAGUUUGAGAAUACGCAUAAUAUGAAGGUGAUUAUAAAGUAUACUUAUAACUUCUUCUAAUAGAUAGACUCAUUAUUCCAAUUUUGCCUGAUGGGAUAAAUAGUUAAGGAUAGAAAUAUUUAUAGUUUUUUUAAAUUAUAAGAUAGAAAUAACUUAACAUAUUUGCUAACAAGACUAAACUACUUGCAUUUUUUAAUAAUCAUAAAUUUAGACAUCCAAACACAUUUGUAAGGUCUCCCUCAAGUAGGACUAAGUCAAGCAGAUUUCUAGCAAAAUUAGUGUAAAGUCUAGGAUUAUUGA